AUCUGGAAACAAGUCAUCAGGGUGACUUCUUACUCAAAUCCUCUUAUCGGGUCCGGAUAAAGACCCGCCCCCGCAUCUCUCUCUCUCGCUCCGACAGCGACCGGCGCAUCACCGCGCCUAUCUCGCACCGGCAACACACUCCGACUCUGCAACCGUAUAAAUUACCAGCUCAACUAACGAUGUCUUCUUCUCUACUCCGCCUGUAUUCCCCGGAGAGUAACGGCUCUAACCGCGAAGACGGAAACGACGGGCGCGAUUCCCGCCUCUCCGCACUCGACGCGCCCAGCUUUGUUCUGCUUCCGCCCCACGCUUUCCUCCAGGCCGCCGUGUCUCUCAAAGACCAGGUCGUCGACGUCACGUGGACGGCGCGCGGUGGCGGUGCGGGGCCGAAUGUGGAUCCGACGGUGUACACCAGUCUGCUGGGGACGGCCUACACCUGUCUCCGGUCGUUCGAGGCCAUCGGGAAUCGCCGAGACCUGAACUUGUGCGCCGAAAUCGUUGACGCGUGCGCCUCUGUCUCACGCGCCUCCACCAGACAUAUAACUUUCCUUUGUGGUAGAGGAGGGAUCUAUGCACUAGGUGCAGUUGCAGCCAGUUACUGUGGGGACCAGCAGAAGCAAGAACUUUAUUUGAACUGUUUCCUUGAGGUGGCACAUGAGAAGGCACUUCCAGUUGGUCCUGAAGAAGGAGGGUUCGGAAUGUCGUACGAUCUCCUCUACGGGAGGGCAGGUUUUCUGUGGGCAGCUCUUUUCAUAAAGAGGCACUUGGGAUGUGAGGCAGUGCCAGAUGAACUCCUAAUGCCGGUGGUGGAAGCCAUACUUGAAGGGGGUAGGGCAGGGUCGGCCGACAAUUCGGUCUGCCCGCUCAUGUACAGGUGGCAUGGCACGCGGUAUUGGGGCGCAGCGCACGGUCUUGCUGGCAUUCUGCAAGUGUUGCUCCAUUUCCCACUAUCUGAUGGUGGCAUCGAAGAUGUGAAGGGGACCUUAAGGUACAUGAUGAACAAUAGGUUCCCUCACAGCGGGAAUUACCCGGUCAGCGAGGGAAACCCCAGGGAUAAGCUGGUUCAAUGGUCUCACGGUGCCACCGGCGUUUGCAUCACCUUGUGCAAAGCAUCUCAGGUGUUUCCGGAGGACCGGGAAUUCCGGAAUGCCGCAAUAGAAGCGGGGGAAGUGGUGUGGAAGAACGGGCUGGUGAAGAAGCCGGGGCUGGCGGAUGGGGCGGCAGGAAACGCGUACGCGUUCCUGUCGCUGUACCGGCUGACCGGAGAGAGCAUCUACAAGGAGAGAGCAGUGGCGUUCGCGAGCUUCGUGCACCACCAUGGCGGUAGGGACCACAGCGCGUACGGAGGGGACCACGCCUACUCCCUGUUCAAAGGGUUAGCCGGAGCGGUCUGCUUGUGGUUUGAUUUGAUGAGCCCAGAGAAUUCCAGGUUCCCUGGCUAUGAAAUUUAAGAGCCAUCAUGUCUGUGAACAUUGAAACUUCAAAACAAAGAAACAGAAACAGAAACUUAUAUGGCACUGAGGAAGUAGAAAAGGCACUACUUUGGUACUUUGUAUUCUGUUAGUGCUAGUGAUGUCCUACUCUAUGUAUGUAUGUAUGUACAGUCUGCUUUUAUAAUGGUUAAAAAGAAUUAUGAUCAACCCUGCCCAUCGAGAAACUUAGAACUAUAUGAAAAACAAAGGGAAAAAAGAUAAAAUAGGAGUAAAAUU